AGCUGUCUGAAUGGAAUCAUGGCGGAGACGAUGGAAGGUGCGCCAGGGAACAUCGCGACGAUGGAGAAUUCGGACGACAAAAAGUCCUCCGUUGCAAGUAGCGAUUUGUCGGAACAAGAAGAAUCAUCAGAAGAAGAAUUAUACGAAGUGGAGAGAAUUAUGGGGAUGUCUAAAGCCAGCGGCAAGACACUUUACAAGGUGAGAUGGAGAGGCUAUGGAGCUGCCGACGACACCUGGGAACCUAUCGAAAAUCUACAGUCAUGUCUCGACCUCAUUGAGGAGUUUGAGAAAAAGAGGAAUGAACAGCAACUAAAACGAGCAAAGGAAAGAAAGACAAGAAAGGACAUGAUGGAGGGACGUACCCUUGUGGAACCAGACCAUUCACGGGAGGGGUCUCCUGCCCAAGUCCCAACCACACUGAAGGACACCUUUUGGAAGGACUUGGAAGAAGGUCGCCUCAACCUCUUUGCCACAGACAUGUACUCUCGCGUGAAGGGUGGAGGUAGAGCUCCAAAAUCACCCAAGGAUGACGAUGAGGAAGAUGAGGAGAAAACUCUACGAAAAAGAGGGAAGAAGAAAAACUCUUCCAGAAACAUAAGAGAAAGGGAUAAAGGGUUACGAAGACCCAAACUAAGACCAAAGAAACAUUCCUCAAGAAGUUCCAUGGUCAGUCUUCUGACAGAUUCCGAGUCGGACUCAUCAUCCAGUGAUAUUGAAAAUAUCAGUAGAGACUCUGUGCCCAUAACUUAUAAUGGCAGCGAGGAACCAGUACAGACUGGAAUGUGCAAUGGAGAGAAAAAUGAAGUUCUUACAGUUAAUUCCAAAGAGAAGAGGGAGAAUGAGCAAAUUGCUUCCACUGAAGAAGCGAAGACAAAGAAGUCCAAGAAACAUAAGCUAAGUGCUUCCUCCUCAGGUUUGAAAGACAAAUCUAACACAGAGAAAAGAGACUCUUUUACCAGUGUGAAGGUCAAAUCUGUGACCUCUAAGGACAGCAAGGUCACAGGGUCAUCAAAAACUCCUAAAAUUGACACAUUAAAACGGGAAGCCAUCAUUGAUAAACCGUCUAGUCCAAUUAAGUCCUAUUUGUCAGGAGGCAGUACGCCUCCAAGGAAAAUGUCUGUGGAAUCCCCGAGUGAAAACCGGCAGCUACAGGCUUUAGCCUCUAGUACCCCAAACGACACAGGGUCAAGGUCAGACAGACAAAGACUGUCCAACAAUUCAGACAAUAGUUUUACCGGUAAUGUCGGACACAAGCGAAAACAUAGUCAUGAUUCAAGUAGUGCUAGACUCAGUAAACAACGAAAAGACUCUGACUUCUCCGAUAGUGGCAUGGGUAGUUCCGUGAGUAGUGUUACUAGUCAAGACUCUGAUAGGGGAGCUAAAUCAGGUGUAAAAAGGCGUGAUUCUGUGGAUUUCUCACAGCCGUUAGACGAUAUUUGGAAUGGAUCGUUCUUACCUUUAUUACCAGAAAGUACCAAAUCAGAGGGCAGAGGGGCUGACCUAAGCUUUGAUAUUGAACUAGAUGAUAUAGACCUGGACGAUUUGGAUCAACAAAAGACUGCUGAUGAUGGAGAAGAAAUUGUUGAUAUAAGUGAUGAAAACUUCAGACAAGCAGUAAUGGAAGGAGAUUAUUUGUUAGUCAAAAAAGCACUCGGCAGCAAAAAGAAGUUUGAUGUGGAGUCUGUUGAUGACUUGGGAAUUACACUGCUGAUGUAUUCAGCUCAGAAUGGUAAUGAUGAUAUAGCAGAGUUGCUAGUCAACCACAAGGCAAAUAUCAAUGCACAGCAGCAUAAUGGCACGACAUCCCUCAUGCUGGCUUGCGAACAUGCUCACAUAUGUACGGUAGCAUUGCUAGUUGAACUGGGAGCCAAUGUGAAUCUGCAGCAGACAACGGGUGAAACAGCACUGAUGAAGGCAGUGAGAAGAGGCCAUAAACAAAUUGUGAAGUUUCUGUUGGAGCAUGGUGCUAAUUUCUCGGCUCAGAACAACUCAGGAUUUACAGCAGUAACGUACGCCAAAAUGAUGAGGCUGACUGAGAUAGAGGACAUCAUUGUAGACUACAUCUCCAGGUUAACCAAUGAGUUUGACAAACAAGUUGCCAUCACAUUGAACAGCACAGCUAAGAUAAUCAGCGCUCUUUUCCCACUCCAGUGCUUCCCGCUGUCCGAGGGAGAAAAGUUCUCUGUCAACUUUAAACAUGAACUUCAGGCUAACACACCAGGGGUAGGGUACCUAUUGUUUGUGGCCCAUGCCCGCAUCACAGCCCAGGACAUCCGCUGCAGAUUCUAUGGCCCCUGUGCAGUACAGAAUGUUUCACUCAAUGGUGUUCAGCAGCCACCACUCACAGAGGAAGCUAAUUUUGUGUUAUCCUGUUGUCCACUUCAACAUGGAAGAAAUGAGGUCAUCAUCAACACAGUACCAGCUCCAGGUUCAAAGGCCAAACUGGUAGUGUGCGCAUACAAAGCACAGCUAAUAGACUCCUAGAAUCGUGUGAAGAGAUUGUAAUGUCCCGGACAUAGACCUGUAUGGGGAAUGUCCCCACACACAAACUCGUUGGGGGAUGAGUCAAGUGUCCUGGACAGAAGAAGGAAAUCUCCACCGACAUCGUACCUGUUGAUCUCAUUCAUUGACUUGUGUUUCCCCUUCCACUGAUCUCGCAUAUGAAGACAAAAUGGAGAAAUGAUAAUUGAAGCCGUCAUUCUGAAGAUUUGAUGUUGACAAGUUUGAACAACAGUUGGAACCUAGUUCAUGUUUGUUCAUAAACUUUAAUAGUGUGUUAAAAUUCAGGUAUGAGGGAUUUGUGAUACAACAGACUGACACACAGGAACCAAGCUCCUGGUCACCUUAAGAGUGUUUACAUGUGUGAAAUAAUACAGAUGUGUGUACAGUCGCUGCUGAUAUUAUGACUUGUUGAUCUGUACAGUAUUUGUGAUCCUUUGCCACUUUAUAACUUUCAAAUCUGUGACCUCUGUAAGGCUCGGUUGCUACUUUCUUUUUUCAAUGUGUAUGAAUUUGGCAGAGUUCUGUGUUUGAUUUGUGGUCCGACUGCCCACUGACAAAUAUUUGAAGGGUGAAAAAUGAAUCCAUGUGAGGGAAAAUAUCUUCUAUAUUUGUUGGUGCAUACAACAUGCCAAAAUCUAAUCAGAAGGUGAAAUAAUGAAAUUUAAAGUUGUGACUCUAGCCCAGGCCAUUGGUCGAAAUAUGAAUGUAUAUAGAUAGGCCAAUAAGGUAUGGUAUCUGCAGUUACUAUGUACAGGUACAUGUUUGACAGGUGUGUGUACAGAUAUGUACAGAUACAUGCUAAACCAGUAUUUACUUGUAGAUGCAAGAUACAGUAAAACAUGUUUAUAGCAAGGCUCGGGGACCCAAGUACUGUGUUCAUUAGAAUCGUAACUGGUAUAUGGUUAAACAAGUAACAUUACUAUAAGAGGGUUCAAAAUGUGUUUGUACUAAGUGCUUAUUUGUUACAAAUAUGUUUGCUGCAAAUAUAGUUUACUGUAUAUCAAUAACACAGGGCAAGUGUAGUAUGUGUGGUACAUACUCUGUACGUAUUACAUUAACAAGUUGUGUGUGUGAAAGCAGGUGGAAUAUUGAUGUUAAGCUUUACACAUCCAAUGUUUUGUACAGUUAAUUAUACCAGUACAACCAUGAAACUAUGUACAUCUUACCCAGUAUCUGUAUAUACUAGAAUCUAUCACUACACCAGUUACCAAUGUACGUACCUGUAUAAACAUAAGAACUAAGGAGGGCAAUCAGGACAGGUGUACAAUACAUUAUACCUAUCUCAUUCAAUCGUAAACAGUAUAUUUUACCUGUACAGAGCCAGUAUUUACCUUUUAAGAGUGAUAUUAAUUAUGUACAAACUCAUGUUGGAUAUUGUUAACAUCCCUUUGAAUCAUCACUAUAUGCAUAUAACAAUGCGAACAGCUUCGUACAUUAUCAGGCGACAUCCCAGUGACAUCCCAGCGACAUCCCAGUGACAUCCCCAUCAUGCCAAUUCUACACAGGAUUGUAAUCCAAUUAAUCUGUAUUUCUGGAAGUCUUCUCGACAGAUGAGACGUAAUCUGUCCGGCUCAUAUGAUCCUGUCUACUUGAUAAAUAAGAUCGAAAAAGGUCAUAGCUAUGGUGAUCUGUUUUCAAAAAAGUGAACACUGUUUUAAUGAUCUAGAAUAAAGUUUGAUUUGUUGACAAAAAUCAAAGAUUGGAAAUUAACAUACAACUGAAAAAUAUUCUAAGAUUAUCAGAUUUGUUAGAUUCCAAAAUGAUGAAUGUAAAUGAUUGUGAUAUUUUAAGUGAUGGAUACAUACUGUGCCCUCACUGUCUUUGCUAAUUGUAUAUAUUUCUCUUCAUUGUAUUGUUAAAUAAGCCCAUUCUAGUUGACUUAUAGUAAGCUCACCUUUAAUUAAGUAUUCAUAGAAUUAUUCUAGAAUUUUAUGGAAAUUAAAUUUUUAUUGUCUGGAAUUUGGUUGAAUACUAUGAAUUAAACUUUCAAUUAGAAACUGAAAAUAAUUUUGAGAAAUUUGAAAAUUAAAAUUUAAGCAACAAUUUAGAUUUAGGAAUACUAUCUCAAAUAUAAUUGUUAGACUAACACGGAAAGUUUGUAACAUCAGAUUUUUUUUCAUAAAGUAUCCCUAGUAUGUUUUGUAUAUUUUCCUUAGUAUAUAUUGCAGUGAUUCUGUGAAGUUAUGUAUUUUUGAUAGUAAAUAUUGCUCUGUAGCAUCAGUCUUGUUGGAAAGCAGUUAAUUUGUGAUGUGGGCUACAUGGUGCUUUUCGUUUGCAAUAUUAUAAAAAAGAUGUUCCGGCACCACCCCUAGUAGGAUGCCGAGUGUUUUGUUAUAACUUUAUGUUAUGUAGUUUUGUGGACGUGUUUGUGUUAUGUUUAGUCAUAUACACUCCAUUAACCCUCUCACCCCUGUAGACCAUAAUCGACUUAGCCAGAUCAUUGCAUGGCAACGUCUAUUUAAGUUACAUAGGGGUGAGAGGGUUAAGUUGUUUAUAACAAAAUAUAUCAAUAACUAUAUAAGGUGGCACAAUUUGUACAAAAUAUAGUAAACAACAAAUUAUUUACAUAUUUGCUCAACGUUUUUCAUUCUUACUUCUUUUUUAAAGAACAGAAAUACUAAAAGCACAGUGGCUAAAAUUAACUCAGGAAAUAAAAUUAACCAUUGUAAUAUAAAGAA